AUGGAUGAGGUAUCAGAUCAGGUCCCUCGGCGUAAGAGGGUCUCCCGAGCUUGUGAUCGCUGUCGCAGUAAGAAAGAUAAAUGUGACGGUAUUCGACCCACUUGUUCCGCCUGCCAGGCCUCGGGCCAGUUCUGCUCCUACGAUCCGCACGCGAAGAAACGCGGUUUGCCCGAGGGCUACGUUCGUGGUUUGGAGAAGCUCUGGGCGCUGUCGAUCUGCAAUAUUGACGGCUUCGAGGAUACCAUGUUGGCCAUGUUAGGAGCCACCGCCGAAUCUGCCGGUCGUCGCGAGAAAUUAAUGUCACUGUGGUCGGAUGACAGUGCUGCGGAGAGUCUGCACGAAUCUUUCAAGACGAGUCGCCUGUGCGGCGCGCUGGAGAAAAUGCUCUCAAAUUCCGACGCGCCGGGGCCGGCGACAGGAAAACGAUCGCGUAACCCGCAAGAUAAUGGUGCGGACAGCCAGUGGGGGUUCCGAGUAGUACGAACUUCCACCCCAUUGGGUCCAGAUGCUCCACGCGUGGUUGGUCCCUUCGCUGAACCGCCGGCUGUCAAGCGCGCUCGAUUAUCGCAAGGGUCAGAGGGUCGGGAUAUAUCUGGACCCAGUCCCCAUGCGCUGCAGUUGCCGCCUCAGACUUCGCAGCUGCUGGAUAUCUAUUUUGCCGUUACCCAUUCGUGGUUCCCUGCGGUUGCCAAACAUAAUAUUCUUCGCGCCUCCUAUCUCUACGCGAAUGCCCCUGUCUCUAUUAUCGCGACAUCGCCUGGAUCCGGCGAUCAUGCCGCGCUGUGGGCAAUCUUGAGUUACACUGUUACUCAAUCACGAUCAAAUUCACGGGCCGGUCCCGCUGGAACGGUUAAUUUGGCGAAGGAAUACUAUGCCGUCUCGCGAAGCCUUAUCCCCACUGAGAAAGAGCGAUAUGAAAUAGGUCACGUCCAGGCGUUGCUGCUCUUGAGUUUGGUGAACAUGGGUCUCGAGGAUUGGACCGCCGCUUGGCUGUUGAGCGGCCAAGCAGUACGCAUGGCAAUUUCUAUUGGACUUGGAACGUUGUCUGACCGCAGGCGGCCUGAUGAGCCCAGACAAGGUAAGGCGGUCUUCCUGGGAUGUUUCGUGGUGGACUCGUUGCUCUCGUUCCGGCUUUCACGAAGCCCAGCCAUGCAUCCAAGCGAUCUCGCUGCCGUGGGCCUUUUGGAAGAAGAUGGGCUCGAGGAAUGGAACUCUUGGAUGGAUGUUCUACCCCCUACGGGGGCUUCGCAGGGCAGCAAAAGUCCACCGCGCCGGGGACCACUUCUGGCCUUGAGCUGCUUCAACCGCCUGGUUGAACUGGCAAGCGUGCUCAAUAAGAUCUCCCGUCACAUAUCUUCAGGGUAUAAUAUGGUUGCUUUUGCACAGCAGUUGGUCAUAGAUUUCAAGCAGUGGGACGACUGCCUCCCUCUUGGAUGUCGCCUAAUUGGACCGGAAAGUAUCUAUCCAGAACGUCAUUCGGCGUUGCUACCCCAUCAAAGCUACCUCGGAUUGACUUAUGUCGCUACCCUGCUUUGGCUAUAUCUACAGCUGAUAUCAGGAGAGCAGGGAUUGCACCGCUCACAGCGCCCAGCUACCGAGGGAGCUAAGAAGCUUCUUUACCGAGGGUUGUCAAUACUCACCCAGCACUUGGAGAACUUUACGAUGUGCGGUCUCCCACCGCUAUUUGAGUUAAGUCUUCGCACAAUUACGGAGCAGGCGUUCAGGCUUCGAGCUACCGUCGAUCCAUCGGAGACUUUCCCUUUUGCCAGGUGGGCAGACGAGUUCCGACACAAUGCCACAGCGUUCACCUCUACAUGGCCGGCCUAUAGCUCUUUGGUUUCCAUCAUGGAGAAGUGGCAGCAAUCCAAAGAUAUCGUUGGGCCACACACUUUCCCAGGGACGGCCAGGCAUACAUCUGACCUCUCAUUCUCGGCUGCAUCAGGAGCAGGGCCCAUGCCACCCCCAGGCGGACCUCACAGUCUAGUCCCAAAUGGCGAAGCAGAUUAUGCAUCUUCCAUUCUUGGCAUCACCAUGCCAGUCGAUGGGCAACCUUUGGCAAGCCAACAGGAUACGGUUAUGGAGAAUGUCGAUUUAAUUAUGGAUGUGCCAAUCCACCAACGAAGGGAAGCGCAGUUAGUCCCGUCAGACACAUAUAUUGCGCCGCGCAGCAGAACAGAUUCCGUCUAUGGAUCACUUAGCACGCAGCAGCAUCACCAACCACAAACUCCCGAAUCGGCAACUUCGAACCCAAUGAUACCAGGAAGCAUAGGUUCCUCCGGUGACCUCGACGCUAUAUUCAACGAUCUCGCAUACCUAGAUGCCACAGAAUGGUCUACGAACCGCGAGGCUGGUCUGAAAGACUUUGGUUUCUUGGACGAUAGCACCUUCCAGGCUUUCUGUCAUGAUCCGGAUCGUCUGGGUGGAUCACAGCCACUAGUCAAUCCACCCUCUAUUGCGGAUAUUUGGCCACCACCUGGGUUCUUUCCUGAAACAUUCCAGGAGGUCUCUGAAAAGUCCAUGGGGAGUUGA